AUGGAACGCCUCAGGAACAUACUCGGCCCCGGUGGCCUUGGUGGUCUUGGAAGUCAACCCGGUGCCGAUAACACGAGCCUGAUUGAUAAUUCCGAGACCGUAUACAUCUCCUCACUCGCCCUCCUGAAGAUGCUUCGCCACGGUCGUGCGGGUGUGCCUAUGGAGGUCAUGGGCCUGAUGCUCGGAGAGUUUGUUGAUGAUUUCACCGUGAGGGUGGUUGAUGUAUUUGCCAUGCCCCAGAGCGGUACCGGUGUCAGCGUAGAAGCCGUCGACCCCGUCUUCCAAAUGAAGAUGAUGGACAUGCUCCGGCAAACAGGAAGGCCCGAGUCCGUCGUUGGCUGGUACCAUUCGCAUCCCGGUUUCGGCUGCUGGCUAUCGUCCGUCGAUAUCCAGACCCAACAAUCCUUCGAGCAGCUUACCCCACGAGCCGUCGCCGUCGUCGUCGACCCCAUCCAGUCCGUGAAGGGCAAGGUUGUCAUUGAUGCCUUCCGCCUUAUCAACCCCCAGUCUCUCAUGCUCGGCCAAGAGCCUCGACAGAGCACGAGUAACUUGGGCCACCUCAACAAGCCUUCAAUUCAGGCGCUCAUUCAUGGCCUGAACAGACACUACUACUCCAUCGGUAUUAACUACAGGAAGACGGCGCUCGAGGAGAACAUGCUGAUGAACCUCCAUAAACAUGUCUGGACGGAGGCCCUCACUAUGGAAGACUUCCGCGCCGAAGGCGGUCGAAACAAGGAGCGGCUGGAGAGGCUCGUAACCCUAGCGGAUGGUUAUGAGAAGCGUGUCAAAGAGGAGACCGAGCUCACAAAGGAUCAGCUCAAGACUCGAUACGUCGGAAAGCUGGACCCCAAGAAGCAUCUUGCAGAUGUUGGCCAGCAACUUAUCGAAGACAACAUCGUUUCCGUGUCGAGGCAGAUGAUUGACAAGGAGUCUGCAAUGCCAGGAAAGAAGGAGGCGCCGACGCCGGCUCAAAAUGGCCAGACCAAAGAAGAAGAUCUCAUGGAUGUGGAGGAAGAAUUAUGA